UCCCAAAUCUCUCUCUCUCUCUCUCUCCCAAUUCUCUCUCGCACUCUCUCUCCCAAAUCUCUGCAAAUACUCUCUUAAAUUUGAUCAAAACCCCAUCUUCAAAGAACACCAGAAAUCUCUCUCUCUGUCUCUCCCAAAUCUCUCUCUGUCUCUCCCAAAUCUCUCUGUCUCUGUCUCUCUCUCUCUCUCUUGAAGAAGAAGAAGAAGAAGAAGAAGAAAUGGAACUGUUUGGAGGGCAACCAGAUUUAUCUCUUCAAAUUAGCCCUCCAAAUUCAAGACCCACUUCCUCUAUUCCUUCACACAACCCUCUUGAUUUCCUCUUUUUCAAUAACUUCCCUUCUUCUUCUUCUUCUAAUUUUGGCCCUUCUCUUUCUAAUCCUAAUCCCUCCCAUUUCCUCCACCACCAUCUCCUCCCCACACCUACCAAUGUCGGUGGCGGCGGCGGCGGCGGUGGAGGCGGGGUUUACCACCGUCAUCCCCAUGAUCUUCAUCAUCAAGGCCUUCGAUUCUCGACACCCAUUAGGGGAAUUCCCGUCUAUCAAAACCCUCCUUCCUCUUCCUCUUCUUCCUCUUCUUACCCGAUAUUCGGGAGUGGCGGCGGCGGUGGCGGUGGCGUUCAAUUUAACUACAACGGCCUUCGAUCGAGAUUUUUGGCUAGGUUUCCAGCGAAACGGAGCAUCCGAGCGCCGAGAAUGCGGUGGACCACCACUCUCCAUGCUCGUUUUGUUCAUGCUGUUGAGUUUUUAGGUGGCCAUGAAAGAGCCACACCCAAAUCAGUUCUUGAGCUCAUGGACGUCAAAGAUCUCACCUUGGCUCAUGUCAAGUCCCAUUUGCAGAUGUAUAGAACGGUAAAGACCACUGACAAAGCUGCUGUUGGUGCAGCUUCUUCUGGUUACGAUAUAAAUGUAGGAAAUUCGGAAGUUCACGAUCAAAAUAGGUCAUCAAGAGAUACAUCAACAGAAGAUACAACGUACGAAACCGAGAAGUCAUCAAGAACAAGACUUAACACCCCGACCAUUGAUUCUCCUCGGCAUCAACUCUCGCCAUCCUUCCAAGAUGAAUUUCGUAAAACCGUCGGUGGAGAACAAGAUCAUCGUCGUACUCACACCGACCUUCCUGCCUUAUGGAGUAAUUCUUCGAGUAGAGAAGCUUUAUUCCAAGGCAUUAUUCCAAAGGAUUCCUCACAAAACCAGCCCUCUCAGCUUGAUCAGAGAUAUUUGGAAGACAAGAGCUCAAGCCAUGAAAGAACAUCAGAUGGAAGCUCACUGACAAAUCUUUCAGCUGGAACCAGUCCACAAAAACCCAAUUUGGAAUUCACUUUAGGAAUAUCCAUUUAGCAAUUUUAUUUUAUUUUAUUUU